AUGGCGACAACAACGACAGAAAAAAUCGUUCCGACCGAGCGUGAGCUCAAGAGCAUCGAACUGAGCAACCUAGAAACAAUUGAGCUCAUCCGCUAUGCACAAGAGAGCGACGCUGCAGACCGAUUGUUGACAAUUGGUCAAGCUUUGAAAAAAUACAAAAAGGCCGUCUUUUGGGCCAUGUUUUUGUCCACUAGUCUCAUCAUGGAAGGCUAUGAUUUGGUCAUUAUCACCUCUUUCUACGGCCAAACGCAAUUUCAAAACAGAUUUGGAGUCUACGACCAAGCGUCAGGACAUAAACUCAUUCCUCCGUCGUGGCAAUCUGGCUUGUCCAAUUCGGCAUUGGUCGGGCAGUUGGCAGGGCUUCUGGUCAAUGCAUACGCACAGGAUCGAUUUGGUUGUCGACCGACCAUGAUGUUUUUCAUGACUUGGAUGGCGGUCACGAUUUUCAUCCCGGUUUUUGCCCCAUCCUUGUCUGUUUUGGCGUGGGGAGAGGCAAUGUGUGGUAUCUCCUGGGGCGUUUUUCAAACUCUCUCGACGACCUACGCUUCUGAAGUCGUCCCUACCGUCCUCAGGCCAUAUGUCACCGCCUAUGUCUGCAUGUGUUGGGGUGCCGGGAUUCUCCUUUCCUCUGGUGUAGUCCGAGCCGUGGCAGGUCUUGAUGGGGAUCUUGGCUGGCGACUGCCCUUUGUUCUGCAAUGGGUCUGGCCGGUUCCUCUCUUCAUCGGUGCUUACUUCGCCCCUGAAUCACCCUGGAAUGCCGUCAGGCGGAACAAGUUUGAACAAGCGAGAAAGAGUUUAAUCCGCCUGCAUCAAGACACCUCGGACAAGGAGAGAGAAGUGGAUGCAAGCCUCGCGUAUAUCAGGUAUACCACCGAGCUUGAAAAGGCUGAGACAGCUAAUGCAAGUUUUUUCGAGUGUUUUCGCGGGACGAAUUUGCGACGGACCGAGAUCAACUGCGUUGUCUGGGCCGCUCAAAUCCUCUGCGGCAACGCCAUUCUUGGGUACUCCGUUGUCUUUCUCGAAGCAGCGGGCUUCUCGGAACUUCAAGCGUUUGACGUCAACAUCUCCCUUUCGGCUUGCUACAUUAUUGGCGGCAUCAUUUGUUGGUUUUUGUUCCCCCAUGUCGGCCGAGUGACCAUCUACAUGGGAGGCUUGACGUUCAUGUUCGUCUGCCUGGUGGUGAUAGGUGGCCUUGGUUGGGCGCACGGGAAGGGCGCCCAGAUGGCCAUUGGGAUUUUGUUGGUCAUAUCGACGCUGUGUAAUAUGAUCACCAUCGGACCAGCCUGUUACCCUAUUGUCGCAGAGACACCGUCGGGCAGAUUAAGGUACAAGACCAUCGUCAUCGGGAGAUUUGUGUACAAUCUUACCGGAAUAUUUUCGAAUUCUGUGACGCCUCGCAUGCUUUCUUCUCUCUCAUGGAACUGGGGAGCUAAAGCUGGUCUCUUCUACGCCGGAACCAAUCUUCUCUGCAAUAUUUGGUGCUGGUUCCGUCUCCCAGAGACCAAAGACAGGACGUUUGGCGAAAUCGAUCUACUUUUUGACCAUCAUAUUCCAGCACGAAAAUUCAAGCAUACCAAGGUUGACCAAUUCGCACAUCAGGGCGAUCAUGAGGCUAAGGUCGACGUGGAGGGGAAACCUAUGACCGAGCACCUGGUAAACAUUGUCUGA